AAUAGCGAAAUGUUUGAAAAAGUAUAGAGAGUUAUUGAUUAAAAAUUCCUCUAAGCGAGUAUAUACAGUAUAUAUAUAUGUCUUGUCCUAAUUAAAAUAACGAACAAACGACUUGGAUUGUUUAUUAUUUUAAAUGUAAAAGAAAAAUAACGAGACACCAUAAAAUAAAUAUAAAAAUGACAUAUACGUCUUACUUUCUUACCGUUUUGUGACCUAGCCUAUGGCCUGAAGAAGUUGACCAAUCGGCGUUUUGCUCCGAGCGUUGUAUUAAGCCUAAUAGCUUAUCCUGUUUACCGAAAAAAAAAUUAAAUUCUUCUCGGCCAUCUCCUCUACAAAGAUCUCUUUACGGAACUUGGCCAGAGCAAGGAAAGAUAUGCCGAAUAAAACAGUGAAAAGUUUUAUGGAAAAUAGUAUGACCGAAAUGGAAUAUGUCCUGAUGGAGAGCAGAGCGAUGUUAGAUAAGGUUUAUUGCCAAAUUAGAAAUGGUGAAGAGAUUGAUCAUGAUACAUUGACAAAAAUUGAACGCAAUACGGAUCUUAUUGAUUAUAAUCUAAGAAUUUUUGGACUAGUCUACAUGAAGAAAACUGGAAAGAAGAAUAAAAUAAAAUAAGCAAAAAGCCCUUAUCUUAAAGAAAAAGGAUUAAUCAAUCUUUAUAUAUAAAUAUAUACGUAUUUAUGAAAAUCAUUGAAUGUAUGAUAAAGAUUUUAAUAUAAUAUGAUACGAAAAUAAUAUUUAAUUCAUAUAUUUAUAAUAAUUUAUGUUCUCUUUAAUAAAUCGCUGUUAGCGCAGCCAAUUAAUUUACAUACUUAAUUAUGUAUUUCAAUAGACGACAAUACAAAUCGAAAGGUGGCGUAUAACUCACUCUUAUUAUGAAUAUCGUUGUUUAUCUAAUUUACGUGGCGACAAAAAGACAUCUUGUACGAUAUAGACAUAUUUCUUUUCAAAUAAAUAUUACUUCGAAAACUAGACUUAUAAUCGAAUUCUCGUUCAAAAAGAAAAUAAGCCUAUCCAAAAUAUAAUCCUUUCAUUUUCUACAAUCCAAGAAUUCUUAAUGGAGAGUAUGGCUGUUUUUAAACUAAAAGAGACGUCAAUAUCAAUAAGAGCGAUAUCAUGUUUAGUUAAGGAGGCAAACAUCUUAAUGAAGAGAGAAAAAGAAGUUUUGGAGGAAUUGAUUGAGAAUUUUGAAAGGAGAAUAAAUGGCUUACCAUGCACAAAAAUUUUGAAUAAAUCAGGAGGAGAAGCGGAAAAUUUCAAUACUCUUGAAUCGCUAAGAGUUCAUUGUAAAUUCAUUAUAGAAUCUGUUCAUUCAAUUCAUCAAAAUUCAAAGGCUCUGAGUUGGACGGUUGAACAACUUGGCGAACGAGUUUAUGUAUUACAUGAACUUUUAAUAGAUGAGGAGAAAACGUCCAAAUUUCUUACCAGAAUGGCUAAAUCUCUACAUCAAACGGCCAAUCUAGUAAAAGAGAAGGUAGCGUCCCGAGAAGAGAAACGUCUCUCACUAAAGGAAAUGAUGGAAGCUAUUAAAGAUUUGAUAGAAAUGUUGAAAUUCUUAAUUGAAUCAUUUCAAAUUUCUACACAACCAAUUAAAGAUUUAACUAAAUUGGCGGAACAAGCUCACCGAUCAUUAAGAGAUCAGUCAAUCUCUAUAGAUAUUUCUAGACUAAUAGAGGGGCUCGAUAAAUCUCAAAGGAAGAUAUCAAAAUCUUUGGAGGGAAUACAUCAAGCUAUUUUAAAUGUGACAAAAUCUUUAAAGGUUAUCACAGAGCCCGUUCGAAAUGUAACUGAUAUGGAAAAGUGUAAAAAUCACCUUGAAGGUUAUAUGAUUCAUUUACUAGAAGAUAUCAUGAUGUCAGUCAAAGAGUUGCAAAACAACUUAAAAGAUGGAGUUAAAUGGACCAAAGAGAUGAUUGACAGCUUCGAGAAUGCAAAUUCAUAUUUGAAAAUGAUAGAAAAGCCUUAAACGAAAAGUCAUUUAAAAGAGUAAAUGCUAUUUUACAGCUAUGUUAUAAUAGAAACAUUACAUUUCUGUCUGCUUCUUAUCAAUCUUAUCGUUUUAGUAAAGAGUUAUUUUCAUAGUAUAACCUUAUUAACGUGAUUAUAUCAGUGUUAACACACGUACGAACGCAAAAUGUCUCAUUAUAUAAACAAUAUAUAAUAUUUGUCUCUUUCCGUAAAUGCAUCAUAAUAUAUAUAGUAAUGACGUAAGUUUAUCGUCAUUGUCGUCAUCGUCAUCGUCGCCGUCGUUGUUGUUGUUAUUGUUUGCUUUGUUGUUUGUCUGUUUGUCUGGGUUUUUUCUUUCAAAUAAAUAAGAAUAUACAGUAAAA